UAGCUUUCAUCUAUUUUUCUUGUUCGUUCGCUUCCGCCAUUUUUCAGACCGGCAGUAGCGUUAGCGGGGGUUUGUUUGGUUACAAGAUGGCUGCUUCCAUGGAUUGAAUUCAAUGGUUACAAACAACUAAGCCACAGUUGUAUGAAAGAUUGGAUAAUCAUGUCUGCCCCUGGCUCCGCGGUGUCUGGGACCACGGCGUCGGUUCUGCAGCCGCGGUGGAAACGGGUCCUCGGAUGGUCCGGUCCCGUUCCCCGGCCCAGGCAUGGGCACAGAGCUGUUGCUAUAAAGGAGCUUAUGGUUGUCUUUGGCGGUGGAAACGAGGGGAUUGUGGAUGAACUACAUGUAUACAACACCGCUACAAACCAGUGGUUUAUCCCAGCGGUUCGUGGCGAUAUUCCCCCUGGUUGUGCUGCAUAUGGUUUUGUCUGUGAUGGCACUAGAUUGCUGGUUUUUGGUGGAAUGGUGGAGUAUGGAAAGUACAGCAACGACCUCUACGAACUGCAGGCCAGCAGAUGGGAAUGGAAAAAGUUGAAAGCAAAAAACCCAAAGAACGGUCCCCCUCCUUGUCCUCGUCUUGGCCACAGUUUCUCGCUAGUUGGCAACAAAUGCUACCUGUUUGGUGGACUAGCCAAUGACAGCGAAGACCCCAAAAACAACAUUCCCAGAUACCUGAAUGACCUGUACACACUUGAGCUCCGCGCAGGCUCCAGUGUGGUAGGAUGGGACAUGCCAAUCACAUAUGGCGUUCUGCCUCCUCCUCGGGAGAGCCACACUGCUGUUGUAUACACAGAAAAGACGAGCAGGAAAUCUCGCCUGAUAAUCUAUGGAGGGAUGAGUGGUUGUCGCCUUGGGGAUCUGUGGACACUUGAUAUUGAUACCCUGACAUGGAACAAACCAUCAGUGAACGGGACAGCACCGCUCCCCAGAAGUCUUCACUCUGCCACCACCAUCACAAACAAGAUGUAUGUUUUUGGAGGAUGGGUUCCAUUGGUAAUGGAUGAUGUCAAAGUGGCCACACACGAGAAGGAGUGGAAGUGCACCAACACUCUUGCCUGCCUAAAUCUAGACUCCAUGUGUUGGGAGACCGUGUUGAUGGAUACCCUCGAAGACAACAUCCCUCGGGCCCGUGCUGGCCACUGUGCCGUGGCCAUCAAUUCUAGACUCUAUGUAUGGAGCGGCCGCGACGGUUAUCGUAAAGCCUGGAACAACCAAGUCUGUUGUAAAGACCUCUGGUACCUGGAAACAGAGCGGCCACAUGCCCCUGCUAGGGUGCAGUUAGUUCGUGCCAACACAAACUCCCUUGAAGUGAGCUGGGGCGCAGUCUCAACUGCUGACACCUACUUACUGCAGCUGCAGAAAUAUGACAUCCCCGCAACUCCAGCUGCAGCCUCGCCAGUCAUGAGUGCCAGUCCCGUGCAGCCUUUGAACUCUCCAAAGAGCCCUGCACCGGCUGCAGCAGCAACCUCUACUCAAAGCUUACCCCAGACAGCUGUCUUGAAGGUUGCAGCUCAACAGUCUGCCACAGGCACGUCUGUUGUCACGGUCCGCCCCAGCCAGCCCGGGAAAUCCCCCGUCACUGUGACAUCCCUUCCACCAGGUGUCCGUAUGGUGAUGCCGGCGCAGCCCACCCAGGGAUCGCCAAUUGGUAGUAGCCCUCAGAUGAGCGGCAUGGCAGCUUUGGCUGCAGCAGCUGCCGCAACACAGAAGAUCCCACCCUCUUCUGCAGGAACUGUCCUAAAUGUUCCUGCAGGGGCCACCAUUCUCAAAACAGUAGCUGUUUCGCCUGGCACAACCACAAUGAAAAUGGCUUCUCCACUCAUGGUCAGUAACCCAGCUACUCGAAUGCUGAAAACAGCUGCAGCCCAGGUGGGAACAGGGACUGCGUCCUCUCCCACCAACACCAGACCCAUCAUCACUGUGCACAAGUCUGGUGCAGUCACAGUGGCUCAGCAGGCCCAGGUGGUAACCACAGUGGUGGGUGGGGUCACCAAGACAAUCACCCUGGUCAAGAGUCCCCUCACCAUGGGGAGUGGCGGCACACUGAUCUCCAGCCUUGGCAAGAUGAUGUCCGUGGUACAAACCAAGCCAGUGCAGACAUCAGCUAUCACAGGCCAGGCGUCCACUAACCCUCUAACACAGCUCAUACAGACAAAGGGUCCCCUCCCAGCCGGCACCAUCCUAAAGCUGGUGACCUCCGCUGAUGGCAAGCCCACCACCAUCAUCACCACUUCCCAGGCAGGAGGCACAGGAAACAAGCCUCAUAUCCUCAACAUCAGCGGCGUCUCUCCUAGCACCACUAAGCAGGGCACCACCAUCAUCAAGACCAUCCCCAUGUCAGCUCUCAUGUCCCAGUCAGGAGCUACAGGUCUAAACUCACGUGUGACCAGCAGUGGAGGCAUGAAAUCACCGAUCACAAUCCUCACCACAAAGGUGAUGACCACCGGUACCCCUGGCAAAAUCAUCACUGCAGUGCCCAAACUCGGCACUGCAGCCGGCCAACAGGGACUGACACAGGUGGUUUUGAAAGGUGCGCCGGGGCAACCUGGCACUAUUUUGCGCACCGUGCCUAUGAGCACAGUCGGUGGUGUUCGACUUGUUACGCCAGUGACCGUAUCUGCCGUCAAGCCUACUGUCACCACUUUGGUUGUCAAGGGAACCACUGGUGUCACCACUCUUGGGACAGUCACUGGGACGGUCUCCUCAAGUCUGGCAGGAGCCACGGUGGACAGUUCAAACGCCUCUCUGGCCACCCCCAUCACCACACUGGGAAACAUCGCUACCCUGUCCAGCCAGGUCAUCAACCCAGCUGCCAUAACCGUUUCAGCUGCUCAGACCAACCUGACUUCUGUCUCCACGUUGCCCUCGUCUACCAUGGCGGUGCAAAACCAGCCCACCCAGGUGACUUUGAUCACAACUCCCAGUGGAGUAGAAGCUCAACCGGUACAGGAUCUACCAGUGUCCAUCCUUGCUUCACCAACCUCCGAGCAGCCCAGCUCUUCUGAGGCUGGAGCAGCUGGCGACGGCUCUGGAACUGUCACCCUGGUCUGCUCCAACCCCCCAUGUGAGACCCACGAAACAGGAACUACCAACACCGCGACCACCUCAUCGGCCGCCAUGGGAGCCGGACAGGUCUGUUCUAACCCGCCCUGCGAGACUCACGAGACCGGAACCACCAACACAGCCACCACCGCCUCUGCUGCUAUGGGAGCAGGACAGGUGUGUUCCAACCCACCGUGCGAGACCCACGAAACCGGCACCACCAACACCGCCACAACUGCGUCAUCAAACAUGUCCGCGCCACGCAUGUGCUCCAACCCACCGUGCGAAACCCAUGAAACCGGAACAACCAACACAGCCACCACAGCGUCGGCUAACAUGGGAGAAGUCCAGCAGCAGUGCUCCAACCCACCAUGUGAGACCCACGUGACCGGCACCACCAACACAGCCACCCAGUCGGCAUCUAACAUGAACACGAGCGAGACGACGACAACCGCGCGGAGGGCGUGCUCCAACCCGCCCUACGAAACACACGAGACUGGGACCUCCAACAACCAGUCCACCACCGACAUGGAAGGCAACCAGACCAGUACGUCCACGGGCCAGGUCCAGGGGGUGUGCUCCAACCCACCUGACGAAACACAUGAGACUGGGACCACCAACAACCAGUCCACCUCCAACCUGGAAGGCAACCAGACCAGUGCAUCGACCGGCCAGGUGGUGAGGGUGUGCUCCACCCUGCCCUACGAAACACACAAGACUGGGACCACCAACUCGCAGUCCACAGCCACCUCUAACAUGGGGAGCGACCAGACCAGUACAUCCACAGGCAAGGCCCAGAGGGCGUGCUCCAACCCGCCGUACGAAGCACACGAGACUGGGGCCACCAACAACCAGUCCACCUCCAACACGGAAGGCAACCAGACCAGCACAUCCACAGGCCAGGUCCAGAGGGUGUGCUCCAACCCGCCCUGCGAAACGCACGAGACUGGGACCACCAACUCCCAGUCUACAUCCGCCUCCAACAUGGGAAGCGACCAGACCAGUACAUCCACGGGCCAGGUCCAGAGGGUGUGCUCCAACCCGCCCUGUGAAACGCACGAGACUGGGACCACCAACUCCCAGUCCACAUCCGCCUCCAACAUGGGAAGCGACCAGACCAGUACAUCCACGGGCCAGGCCCAGAGGGUGUGCUCCAACCCGCCCUGUGAAACGCACGAAACGGGUACCACCAACACAGCUACCACUGCCACCUGCAACAUGGAGACUGGCGAAGGCACCGCCCAGCAGACAGAGGAGGGAGCAGAAAGUACCAGCAGCCCAGAAGUUGAUGCCACUGCUGCCGCCGCCGCCCCCGCCCCCGUCCCCAUCCCCCCCACCACUGCUGCAGCAGCAGCACCGGCAGCUGGCAUGGUUACCACAACUCAGGGCAGGGCCAUCACUACUGUCACUCAAUCAACACCAGCCCCCGGACCCUCUGUGCCUUCGAUCUCAUCAAUCGCAGAGGGAGUGAGUACUGCUGCCAGCUCCACAGAGGAACCCAUGCAAACUGAUGAGACGGCAUCAGCAGAUGCUGCAGCUGUAGAGGAGGGAGCCAGCGCUAUGGAGACACAAGCAGAGGGAGAAGCAGCCACCGCUGCCACCUUAAAUCUGCCCUCAGAGCUGAUGUCUGAGGGUCAGGGCGCCACUCUCAUGGUGACGGGGCUGUCGGACGAGGAGCUAGCUGUGACUGCAGCAGCGGAGGCCGCUGCACAGGCAGCAGCCACUGAAGAAGCCCAGGCCCUCGCUAUCCAGGCUGUCCUCCAGGCCGCCCAGCAAGCAGUAAUGAAUGAGGGUGAUUCCACUGGAGAGAACCAGCAGCCCACCAGCAUCCCCAUCAUGUUAACCCAACAGGAGCUCGCAGCGCUGGUCCAUCAGCAGCAGCAGCUGCAGAUGCAGGAAGCUCAGGCUGCAGCCCAGCAGGCCAGCGUGGACGCAAGUUUGCCCACUGAGGGCCUCGCCCCCGCCGACAGCCUCAACGACCCCUCGGUCGAGAGCAACGGGCACAAUGAGAUGGCCGCGGCGGUCACCAGCGCCGUAGCAUCACUGCUCCCUCGUCCCACCGCUGAGACACUCGCUCCAUCAAGCACGUUUGCGCCCUCUGUGUCGGUGGCGAGUCCGGCCAAGCUACAAGCAGCGGCCGCUCUAGCGGAGGUCGCCAACGGGAUCGAGGGGGAGAAGCAAGCUCCUCAGCCAACCCCAGUGAAGCCCGUUGUAAAGAAAGAGAACCAGUGGUUUGAUGUUGGAAUUGUGAAAGUGACAAAUAUGGUGGUCACCCACUUCUAUAUGCCAGGAGACAGUUCUCAAGGAGAUGAUGACUCUGGCGUCAUGCCCGACUACGGCCAGAUGAAGAAGAUGGAGCUGCAGCCCGGCACGGCUUACAAGUUCCGCGUUGCCGGAAUCAACGCUUGUGGCCGCGGGGCUUUCUCUGAGAUAUCUGCCUUCAAGACCUGCCUACCAGGCUUCCCAGGGGCACCUUGCGCCAUAAAAAUCAGCAAGAGCCCGGACGGUGCCCACCUGACCUGGGAGCCGCCCUCUGUGACGUCGGGGAAGAUCAUCGAGUACUCCGUGUACCUGGCCAUCCAGAGCAACCAGACGGCCGAGGCCAAGGCCUCCACCCCGGCCCAGCUGGCCUUCAUGCGCGUGUACUGUGGACCCAACCCGUCUUGCUUGGUGCAGUCGUCCAGCCUCUCCAACGCCCACAUCGACUACACCACCAAGCCAGCCAUCAUCUUCCGCAUUGCGGCCCGCAAUGAGAAAGGCUACGGUCCCGCCACCCAAGUCCGAUGGCUGCAAGAAUCUGGCAAAGACGCCGCCUCUGCAAAACCGGCCGCCAAAAGACCAGGCACCUCUCCUGAUACCAAGUCUACUGGUCCAAAGAAAGCAAGGACGGACCAGUGAGGUUGCCCAGAGACCCCUCCCACUCUUUUGUCCUUUUUUUUUCACUCGUUGUCCUUUUUAUCAAGAAGACUGACCUUCACCCCUCAUCCUCAUCCUAGUCUCAUCCUCCACCCUCAAGUCUCAGAUCAAGACGGCAAUGGAGGCAGAACAAGCGUAUGAUGCAGAGAUGAAAGUCAAUCUGAGAGAUGUUUCUGUAGAUAAAAAAAAAAACCUCCUUCCUCCUCGUUCUGUUGGUUGUACUAUUUUUAGAGCAACACAAACUUAGAAGCACAUUAUCUUUUUCAGUCACAUCCCCUCCAAUCGUUUAACGUUUACUUUUGGCUUAUUUCAGUAGUUAAGCAGUGUAGAGAAGAAUUUCCAUCUUUCACAAACAGGGAGCCGGCCUGAGCUCGCUGUUACCUUUGUUUUUGUCUUUUUGUUUGGUAAAUCCUGGGGGGAUGUAGAGAGAGACUACACGAAAUGAUGUACAGUGUUGAAAACGGCUGUGGAGGCAUGAGUCUAGAUGAGAGGAAAAAUCGGUAUGGAUACAAAUAAAGCACUUGUCCUCAGCGACAGAGGACAUCAUUCUUUUCCCUUUUUUUUUUUUUUUUUUUUUGGUCAAAACAAAUUUGCUUCAUUGAGAACCAAGUCUGUAUUCAUCGUGCUGGACUCCCGUCUCCUGUAAAUGUCAUCACUGUGCGCUUUUGACCCCAAGAUGAGGACUGAUGGCCGACACUUCAAAGUGGACAAAAAAAAGAGAACGACGAAGAGAUUUGUAGAAAUUGAAUGACAGACUUUGCUAGAACUGAGACUUGCAGCACACACACACACACACACACACACACACACAUCUUCAAAAUCUUCCCAAAAAAUUAGCAAGCAGUGACGCAGAAGAUCAUUUGUGUAGUUUAUUUUUGUAUUUUUUAAGCUUUUUUUCCCCCUCCUGCGUGUGUAUGUGUAUGUCGUGUGCGUUUUUAAAAACAUCACUUUUUUUAACAGUUGUUCAUCCACCGUAGUUUGUGUUUGUGGGACGAUCGGUGGCUGUGUUGCGGUUGCCACUCUUUAAAAAAAAAAAAUCUUCAUUAAGUUGGUUGUAUGUUCUUGUUCACAGAAGGUAACAAAAGCGAGAAGAACUUUUGUAUUUGUUCCAAGUAGAACCCACAGAGGUUAUAGGACUGAAGGGAACUUUGAAGUGGACCCAGGGAGAGUUUUUACUUUGUUUACUACUCGACGCUUGUGUUGCUUUGUUUGCCAAACAUGGAAUUUGCCGGCAUAUGAGGAAAACACCUGAUCUUUUCUUACCUAGCCCUCCCAAAACAUCCCGAUCAGUUGUCCUGCCCUUUUUAUGCUCAUGAAUGUGGCGUCUUCUUUCAUUUUUAGAAUGGCAAAUUAUAUUAGUCGACAUAUUUUCCCUUUCCUAUUGAUGUAUGUGAAUCCAUUUAAUAAAUUUUAACUUUUGUUUUC